AGAGCCAGUCAGUAUAGCGUUCAUAGCCGCUGUGGUGUACACGCGUGUUCGAGCUCUCUCGCUCUCUUCUUCCAAGUCUGUGGCUUUAAGUCAGUUAAAAUUUGAUCGACCGAAUGCUAAGUUGUGAAUUGCUAAUAAUCGAAGCAUUAUCAUUCGAACUGACUUGGAAUUACUUUAAUUUAUAACAAGUGUUUAUUUAUUGAAAACCUGUAGAUCUACGUAUGGACAUAGGGGUACGGUCCUUUCAGCUCGUUAUUGAAGUCUGUUAAAAGGAAACAAAUCGUGUAAAGUUGGAGUUACUUUAUUUGUUGAAAUCAUUUGAUUGAUAUUGAAUUUGUGAUAAUAUCAGUUUGAUAAAAUGAAGUCAUUUGGAUUAUUUCGUGGAGUGUUUUUGCUAACUUUAUGUAUUGCUCUGGUGUUUGCCCAAGAUGAAAAUCCUCCGAAAAAGAAACGAAGAGGAUGCAAGUGUCUUAAGAAAUACAUGACGGAGGUCAAUGCCAUAGUGGAUCAGAAAUUGAAAAGGUUCGAAGAGAAAUAUUUCGUCUCAGCUUUGCCUGGAAUGCCAACGGGUUCCGAAAGAUUGACCUCGGCGGCGGAUCGGAGAUUUAUAAAAUUAUCCGCCGAUGUCAAGGAAUCAAAGGAUGUGCUUUCUAGGUUGAACACAACAAUCCGCACAAUCAAAGACCAGUUCUUAACACAGAAACAUGAUGUUUCGGCACUGACUUCCCUUUUGCAUAAAAUGGACGGUGUGGUCAAUAACCUCACCGAGGCUGUCCAUCGUAUUGAGGUUAUGCAGCCAGCACAGGGAGAACUGCGAAUGCAACCGUCCCCACUUACAGAAAUAUCUACCCGACCCCCUGGAUACCCACGAGAUUGUCACGAAGUGUAUAAUUGGGAUGGCAUGAAAUUCAAGGGAGACUAUUACAUCAUGAUUAAACCAGACGGGUUAGACAAACCCUUUAAAGCUCACUGCAAGGUCUUUAAUAACUCAGGAUGGACUGUUAUCCAGAAACGACAGGACGGUUCAGUGGAUUUCUUCAGAAAAUGGAAGGAAUAUAAAGAAGGUUUUGGUAAUUUAGAAGGUGAAUUUUGGUUAGGAAAUGACUACAUCCAUGCUUUGACAACACAAGACGACACAAUGGUUCACAUGGACAUGGAAGAUUGGACCGGUAAACAUUUAUAUGCCGAGUACGACCAUUUCAGUGUAGAAGGGGAAAAGGAAAACUACCGACUCCAUGUUAGUGGUUACCACGGAAACGCUGGCGAUUCCCUGACAUCAUAUUGGGAAAAUCACGACGGUAUGAUGUUCAGUACGCAUGAUAAAGAUAACGACGGUCGUUACUAUGACAACUGCGCAAAGGCUUACCAUGGUGCCUGGUGGUUCAACAACUGCUUCGAUUCUCAUCUCAACGGCAAAUAUUACCACAAAGGUUUCCACAGCAACUACUUCCAGCGCGACGGUAUUCAGUGGAACAGCAUUCACAUGUAUUCGUCGUUAAAGAAUGUAGAAAUGAUGGUUAAGCCAUCCGACCGCCCUAAGCCCGCUGCCAAAAUCACCAACGACGUUGUGUGAAGUUCUAGUCCACGAUAUAACUUCGAUAAUAAAAACUAAUUGGUAAGCACAUGCUCUCGCUUACCGCGUGUUUGAUCAAAUGAAAUAAAACAAUUGAAUUUUCAUAAUAAGCAUAAAUUAACACUAAAGUCACAUAAACAUAACAUCCUCCGAAGAUACGUUUCAGGAAAACGUAACUCUGGCGUUGACAUGAGGGCUGUAUAGCACACUCCAACCACGUUAUAUGAAAGUAACGUGAUUAUAUGGUUGUGAAGUUUGAAAGGACGAGGAUUGUGUAUACGUGUAUAAUACUGGACUGUAUUUAGUUAAAGCUAGAUUCUGAGUACUCGUUUGUGAACUGGAACAGUGUUUAAUAUUAGUUAUCAGUCGGGAACAGAUUAAUUUCAUAACACGUCAUUGAAAGAUCAGUUCUGUUCAAAAUUAAAUGUGUAGCUUUUACCCUGAAAACAAUGACGUUAGCAAAUCUAGUGACGUUUUUGGUCUCUGUUGAACUUAGUGUACAUACGUAUAUCUUCACUCAACAUUAUCGUAUAUAUAUAUAUAUAUAUUAACCAUAGUUGGAACCUUAAAUUAUGGAAAUUUUAAUAAUUGUGUACAUAAUUUUUAAACAGACUUACUUGCUUUUUGUACUUAAAUUUGGACAAUCGCCUUAUGUUUUGGCGAUAAUUCGGUUUAUAUUGAUAUAACUUACAAAUAUUAGGUAAUCAUUGUAUUUAAUAUAAUAAAAUUAAUAUAGCCAGUUCAUUUGUAUGUACUUUUAGUAUUUUGUCGGUUCUGGGCGAUUUUAUAAAUUAACCCCCUUAAAGGAGCUUAACAUGUUGAUUUAGUUGAGAAUAAAAUGUUGAAUUGGGUUGAUCAGAUUUGUUCUUUCAAACAGUGAUCGACCACAAUAUAUACGAUUACAUUUCGUUGCGAAAUAUUAGGCGAAAGUCCUUCCGUUGAGUAAUUUUAGUUUUGUUUUCGACUGUCGACAGUGUAACACAAAAACGGAUAUGUCUGUACAUCGGCUGUAUCAGUGAACAUUAAAAACUUUAUGCUGACAUAGACUGACUUUACAAAGCAAAUUUACACAUUAAACUUUAUUAACUCGACUAUCUCAUUUUUCUCCAAUUCAAACAGGUCUAGUCAAUAUAAACUAAAAAACAAACACACACACGGGCGUACUCACAUACACACACAAAGAGAAAAUCGUAAGCCUAUUUUGGGAUCUUGAGUUAUAAAAUUAUACGGAACCGACAAUCUAUAGAUAGUCUACAUUAGCAAAAACGUAGCACCCAUCAUUUUAUACCAUUAUAAACAUGUUUCUAAAUAUAAUCUAUGUAUGUUUGUAAAUAGUAUCAUUAUAAUCUGAUAUUGUACUUUGCAUGCUUUCAGUAUUAUGUUAAAUGUUAGUUUUGUUUUUGUCUCGAAAAUAAAUCUUAGUUUUGAUCUGUACAGUUACUUCUCUGAAAAUUCAUGUUUUCGGUGGCACUUUGCUGAAUCUCAAUAAAUGAUUUUUUUUAUAAUGCCAAUGAUAUCUAUCAGCAUGCUGAUAAUUUGAUUUGUUAUUCAUAGUAUCUAAAUCAAGAUGCAAUAUUACUACAAACAUUGUCAAGUACACGAACUCCUAAAAUGAGAAGUGUCGUCGGUUGGUCUAGCAAAGUAAGCAUACCUUGCCUUGCGCACAUGGAGCAAUAGUUUACACUUGGAUUGAAGUGGUAUCAAUGUUUAGUUUGAUGAAAGGUUAGGGUAUGAUUUUAUAAAAUUUGUUUCAUUUUAUAACAAUUUAUAGAUUUGUUUUUAUUGUAAAUGGUCUGGCGGAUUUAGAGAAUUAUUAUUUAUCGUGCCAAAUUUAUGUUUUAGUAUUUUACCAACCAACGUAAUGAUUUUUUUUUCAAUUUUUGUGACAACGAUGCAAUAAAAUAUGAGAUAAUUUGGAUGUUUGAGUAUUAUCUCUUAUAAAUCCAUUGGUGUUGUAUAGUGUGAAAGUUACCUUCGAGCUUGAAACAGGCGAGUACUGUAAUGCAAAAACAUAUGGUCUUUUGGAUAAUCUUCUUGAGCAGAGGGAGAAUUUAUAAUGAUUUAUGACAAUUCUUAUCUAAGUCAAAUUCAAAAAAUCCCUCCAAGGUACGGGUGAGGAGUUUCAGAAAUGCUGUUACUAAACAAGACAUAAAUUAUCAAUUAUAGUUGGUUGGUAUUAUUACGACCGCGUAAUUAUAUUAUGUAUUAUUUUACUGUGUAAACUAUCUCUGUAUUAUUAUAAAUAAUUUGUUUGAAACAGCUCUGAUGUUUACGUAUAAGAAAGAAUCCAUAUAAAACCACGACUGUGCCUUUAGACUUGUAUGUUUCUAUACACUCAGAUCUGUUUCUUCUUUUUACUAGCACUAUAUAUGUAUUUAAUAGAUGAAUAAACUUGUUGAGUUUUUAUAAAAGUA